AUGGAUCAUAUCGAUAUUAAUAAUGAUAAUAAAAAGGUUGUAAGGAGUGUAUCGAAUGUAUCAAGUUCAUCUUCUCAAUCAUCAAUGAAACGUUUCGGUGGUACUGAAGCAUCGACUUACUCUUCGGAUCACGAUCACGAACACGUUAAUCAUGAUCUCAAAGUUGGACAGAUUGUCAUUCGUUCAGACUUUGCCGAUGCCUCUGCUCAACAACAAGCCAAAAUCAUCUUGGAACGUUUCAACGAGGGUAUCAAGAGUUCUGCAUUUACUGACAAUCCAUUAUUGGGUCGUGCACUCGAUAGAGUUGAUAUUUCUUAUUUUGUUUUGGGUCAUCGUAAUCAAGUUGCUGAACUUUUCGAUCCACGUGGUGAGCGUUUCAGUACAGUUUAUUCUGCUGAUCCAACGGUGAACAUUAAAUAUAUUGGACCAAUCUUAAAGACUGCCAAAUACUAUGGUGCUUACGGUAAGCAUGUACUCCAAGUUCCACCAGGUCACUACGCCAAGGCUUUCACCAAGAACAGACCAGUCCUCUACGGUGAAGGUCCACAUGUAAUCAUCGAUCCAACAUUCCAAUUCGAUGAGAGUGCCUUCGAGAACCAAAACGAACCAUACAUCUCUCACUCAACCAUCAACAUUCUCAGAGUUCCAUCCGGUAAACUAGCUAAAGUUUGGAUUGGUACUCAACCAUAUAUCUUUGAAUCAAGAAGAGAACCAUAUGUUGUUGUUGAUGCACAAUUUAAAUUGGUACAAAAGGAAUCAAAGAAGGAUGACAAAUCUUCGAUGUUUUACGAUGCCACUGAACCAUAUAUCUGUCAUGGUUCAAUUAAACGUUUGAUUCCUCAUACUGGUGAGGUUGCUGUUACUUAUAACAAUGGUAUUUUGACUAUCAUUCCAACACCAAAGGACGAUAAGCCUGUGAUUAUCGAUUCUCCAACACAUAAUUUCGAGGGAUUCAUCUCGACUGCCCUCCAAACUUGUUUGUUCCCAAGUAAAGAAACCAAGCAAUCUGCUUACAACGACAAUAAACAUGCCAGCUCUGACGAGAUUAAUCUAAAGAUCUUCCAGACUCGUGAUUCGCUCAGAGUCGGUGUUGUCUUGGUAGUCGCAUUCAAGAUUGUCGAUCCAGAACUCGCCAUUACCAAGCUCGGUAAAGAAGGAAUCAUCAAUCACAUUGAGAACGUAUCUUUUGCCGACAUGGGUAAAGCAAUUCAGUUGUCAACACUCCAAGAGGUGAUGUACUUUACUCAAACCAAACCAGGUCAAAAGUCGGAUGACAAUGCAAUCCAAACCAUUCAGGAUCGUGUUAAAGCUCAUUUGGCAAGAGAUCUCGGUGAAUAUGGUAUCGAGUUGGCACGUCUACAAAUAGAAACCAUGAAAGUUCUUGAUUCAGAGAUUGCCAAGAAGUUGGCUGGACAAUCGGUGACCUCCGCAGAAUUCACUACCAAACAAGCUAGUUUGGCAAAGGAGUACGAUAUCAAGACUACCGAGGCACGUCUCAAAGCAGAGACUGACAACAUUGCACUUGCACAACGUGGUCAGGCACUUAUCGCCGAAGCUCAGGCUAAGCUCUCAUCAGCCCAGAAAGAAGCAGAGGCACUCCUCGUCAAAGCGGAAGCCGAACGAAAGGUAUCGGAGCUCAGCGGUGAACUAUACAUCAAGUAUCCUGCUCUCUUUGAAUUGGAGAUGGCCAAGAUCAAAGCACAAGCCAUGCAGAAUGCAACUAUCUACAUUACACCAGCCGAUAAAUCUUAA